UGUGUCAUGGACUAUCACUGCAAAAUACGAAUGAGGUUAGCCUCGUGCGAGAAGCGUUGUAAUUGUCAUACGUAUUCAUAUCCAUGUAGGCAUUACCUUACAAAAAGUGUAAUUUACAAAGAAUUAAAAUGGCGACAAAAAAAUCUAAAGUGGCAACGAAAGGUGUCAAACAGAUAGUAGAAGAAAAUGUUUCCACUUUAAACUUUUAUAGAAAUAUGAUAUUUGGAGCAUUAGGAACAUAUUUUAUCUUCAUGUUAGCUUUCUUUGAAUUUACAACUUUAAUAAUAACAUUAACGAUCUUUUCUGCAAUUGUAUAUGUUGCAAGUUAUCAAUUUAUGGCAUACAUGGCACGUGCUACUUAUUUAGAAUCUGGGCAGCUUUUAGAUUCUGGGGUAGAUCUUAAUAUAGAAGGUGGUAUUGGAGAGCAUGUCAAAGACUUGAUUAUAUUAACUUCAGGAGUACAAAUACUUUCACUUAUAUCAAAUUAUUUUUGGCUCUUGUGGCUUCUGGUACCUUUAAGAGGAGGUUGGAUGAUUUGGAAACAAAUAUUGUCUCCAUGGUUUUUCACUUUGCCUCAAGAAGAGCCAGAGGUUAAUGAGAAAAAACAACGAAAGCUAGAAAAGAAAAUGGCAAGAAGACAUUGAGGUCUUAGUAUGGUACUAAGUAAAGCUGAAAAGUUAUAGAAUUUACAUUAAUAUAAAAUGUGAUUCAUUUUAUUACUAUUGAACAUAAGACUUUCUAAUGAAGAUAAUCGAGUUAUUCCAUUUGCAUUUUGCUUUGAUCAAGUAAAUGAAAUGACUUGAUAAAGAAAUUUAUAUCAUUCAUAAUGAAUAAAUUGUUAUAAACUAAAACAAAUUUCUUUACAAAGGGAUCUCCAUUUGGAGUGUUAGCUUUAUGAAACUGCCACGAAACUAUAAUUAGAAUUCUUUGCUGUAAGAUUUAUACAGGCUGAUUCAAAAUAAGUGGCGAUAACUGUAGAAUUUAUAGCUUCAUGAAUUACCAACAAAUUUCAAUUAUUUUUCUUUAAUUAAUGAUGUUAAUAGAAAACUAUAUCUUACAACACAUAUUUAAAAUGAUCUUCGUAAAAUACGAUUUUCUAUUUGCGUCAUUAAAUAAUAAAAAAAGAAGAUAAUUAAAAUAUGUCAAUAAUUAAUGAAGUUGCGAACUUUGAAAUUGUUGCCGGCUUUUUCAGAUUGCUCUUGUACAAACAUUUAUUGAUAAAAAUGGCAAAUUAGAAAAUUGACCUGAUAUAAAAUUAUCAAUAGUGUAAAAAAAAAAACAAUUUAAACAAGAUUUCUAUUCCAAGUCCAAUCAGACUGAGAUCUAACAUAACUACUGAAUAAUUUGUUUAUAUUUAUUGCACUAUUUUUAUCAAGUUUAUACAUUUUUUCUUGUCAUUUUGAUAUCUCUUAUGUAAAUGAUCGUGGUACACAGUGCAUAUAAUAUUACAGUUAUGCUAAUAUAUCAAAUAAUGUAUUCCACAAACUAUUCUUUUUAUACUGCUUAUACAAAGUGCAAGAAAAGGGAUAGUUUAUUUAAAGGAGAAGGAAGAAUAUUAUUGAAUAAAAUAUGUAAACAUAAUUAAAAUCCAUGUUAUUUCCAUAGUACAUAAGUGCAGAAAAUUUGCCAUUGUGAUUCAAUAUUAUUAAUAUUACUUAAUUAGAUAUUUUGUAAUGUUUAAACAAACGCGCUAUUGUUUAAACAAUUAUAUAAGCCUCAUGAUUAUAAAUAAUUUAUGAAUGGUAUUCAUAUAUGCCUCAUGUGAAAGUAAAAUAAUCUAAAGAAUUGUUUACUCAAAUGUAUGAACAUGGACUAAAAAAAUUGCGAUGUUGGUUCUUUGAAAUUCAAUGAUAGAGUGACUUGUCAGCUGUUAAAAUUGUUCGGAAAUCUAGAUUUUUAUUAUUGUUUAUAUCAUCGGCCAGUAUCAAUUCCAAGUUUAAAUUCGCAUUUAAUGCAAUUUUAAAUUAUAAAUACUUUUAUGAUUACCUCUUAUGUUAAUAAUUAUACGAUAUUUAAACAAA